AUGCAUAAACGAACUCGUAUCUCUCUCCCACCUUUCUCUACCCCAGCUCUCUCGUCUCAUUCAUUUUUAUCUCUCUUUGCUCUCUGCACACUUUGUCUCUCUAAUUCUCUUACUCUCUCUCUCUCUCCCUCUCUCUCUCUCCCCCUCUCUCUCUCUCUCUCUCACGCAAUCAUUUCUCUCUAUUGCUAUCAACUUCUCUUCUUCAUGUCUUACUUAAGCAUUUUCUAUGCACUCUUUGUGUUUCCACAUUUUCUCUCUGAAUCCUUUGUAUCUCUCUCCCUUUCAUUCUCUCUCUCUCUCUCUUUCACCAACACCUCUUCUCACUCUCUUUACUUCUAUCUCCACUCUUUCGCCACGUUUUCCCUCUACCUCUAUUCUCUCUUUAUUUCCUUUUUUUCUCCCUUUUCUACCUCUCACUAUACGCAGUCUUUUUUCCAUCGUCUUAUCUGUCUUCUGAGUGUUACUCGAACCUUUUUUCUCCAAUUUCUCUCUCUCUCUCUCUCUCUCUUUAGAGCUUCUGUCUCUACUACUCUUUCCUCUACCUCUAUCUUCUCUUUAUAUCCUUCUCUCUCUCUCUCUCUCUCUCUCUCUCUCUCUCUCACUCUCUUAAAACAUUCGGGCAUUUUGCCUACACCCCCAUCUCACUUCAAUAUUUUCCUCCUUUCGGUUCUAAAGCUUUUUCUCACUCCUUCUAAUUCAUUUUCUAUCUCUCUCCCUGUUUUCACUCCCCACUUUUCUCUCCAUCCUAUCACUCUCUUCUUCGUCUCACUCGGUCAUUUUCCCGACAACCUUUCUCUCUUCCCCCCCUCUCUCUCUCUUACUUGUCUCCUCAAUCCUUUUGCCUUCCCUUCUACUCACUUCACCCUUUCUUUCUCUCUUUCUCGUUUUAGAGCUUUUUGUCUCCACUCUCUCGCCAUUCCUGUCGCUCCUGCUCUUUCUCUCUUUCCACUUCACAUUCUCUCUCUCCCUCUCACACACACAGCCCGUUUCUCUCCAUUGUAUCUGUCUUUUUUCAUAUCAUUCAGGCUUCAUCUUUCCAAUUUUUCUCUUUCCAUUCUCCAUUCUCUUUUUUUCUCACGUUUGUAUAUACUUUUUCUCUCCUACUUUAUCGCUCCUUCCAUUUCGCUUUUUCUAUCUCCUUCUCUCUCUCUCUCUCUCUCUCUCUCUUUCUCUUCCCAAUUUCACAUAACCCUUUUCCUAUCCUGUUUCUCUUCGUCUUACUCGUGCCUCUCCAACCUUUCUUUUUUUCCGCAUCCACUCCCUCUCAUUUUCUUUCUUAUCUUACUCAAUGUUUUUCUAAUUUCUCAAAACCUAUGGGUAACACCGAAUGUAUCGAAGGAAAGUAGCAUUUGUUACAGCAUUUCUGUAAUUCUAUCUAUCUAUCUAUCUAUCUAUCUAUCUAUCUAUCUAUCUAUCUAUCUAUCUAUCUAUCUAUCGAUAGAUAGAUAG